GACAUUUGAACAAUAUGUUGGUUCAUUAAUAUUAAUUUUGAUUAAAACUUAAAGGUUAUUUUCGGGGAAAAAACAUAUUUCUCAAAUUAUCUUCAUUUCAGCUUUCUUUAAAUUGAAAAUGGUGUUAUUAGAGAAUGAUACUUUUUUGUUAGAGUUGACUAAGUUGUUCCAGAAGUCUCGUCUAGAUGGGUCAGUAACUAUGACAUUUAAAAGAUAUAAUGGACGAAAUCGACCGAAUCCACGUCCCGGAAAACCUCCUCUUCCAGAACCACAAGAACAUUUUUGUUUAGUAAGAGCCAAGUCCAGAUCGAAGAAGAUUGCCACAGUUAUCCAUCAAAGAGAUGUUAAUAAAUUCCAAGUGGCCUAUAGCAGUCUUCUAAAGGGUAAUAUAGAUGGUUUAAAGAAAUUAAAGAAGCCCAAAACAAAGACAAAAGCAGAAUAAUAUAUUUAUAUUUAUUUUUGUUACUUUUAUUACUUAAAUACAAUUAGGUUAUCAUUUUUUUCAUUAUGUAUUGCAAUGACCUUUGUAAGGAAAAUACAUAUAACAUGUUA